AUGGCCGCCAAUAUCAAGUAUCGCAAUUUGCCUGACUCGAUCUCGGUUGCCGCUGUGAGCGAGCUGUACAGGACAGUGAUGGAGAAGACGCAGCAACUGGACAAGGCCCGAGCAGAACGGAAUCGGAUCGCAGCAGAGAUGAAGGCGCUAUUUAGUGGCGGGUCGCCCAAAGGUAAAAAGAAGAAGCAAGCAGUAGCAGAGACUUCAGUAUCAACAUCAGACGACGUGGCGUCUGCAGUAUCAACGGAGAUAUCACAUGAGGCAAAAGAGCAGCGACGACAGGAGCUGGUGGAGCGCGGUAGGGUUCUCAAGGAAGACAUUCAUGCGCAGGAAGCUGACCUCACAGCGCUGGAGACACAUUUGUACGAUCAAGCGGUCAUGAUCCCCAACACUACUCACCCAACUACACCUAUUGGGCCCGAGUCUGAGGCGCAGCUGGUUCGUGUGCGUGGAUUGCCUCGGUUGAACGUUGGCGUCAAGGCCCAUGCACAUCCGGGAUUCGAUAACUUGGACUCAGGCAGCGAAGAAGUCAUGGCGCUCAUGGGCAAUGUGUCGGACUUCCCUCUGCUGGACCAUGUCACACUUGCUAAGCAAUUAGACCUGGUAGAUUUCGAGUCGGCGACGGCUGCCACGGGAGCAAGGUGGUACUAUCUUAAGAAUGAGGCCGCGCUUUUGGAGCUGGCAUUGAUCCAAUUUGCGACCCAGCGCGCAGUCAAGGCUGGAUUCAUGCCUGUGAUCACGCCAGAUGUGGUUCGCCCAGAAGUCGUCCAGGCGUGUGGAUUCCAGCCCCGAGAUGAAGCCUCGCAGACGUAUUGGGUGUCAACAGUCGCGCCUGGUUCCAGCAGGGCAGCAACACCAGAGGGAGCACACCAUCACCAGCACUCGGCACUGUGCCUUGUUGCGACUGCGGAGAUUGCGUUGGCGGGAAUGAACCUGAACAAGGUAGUGGAAGAGAGUCAGUUGCCAAUUAAAAUGGCUGGAUUCGGAAGGGCGUUCAGGGCCGAGGCUGGUUCAAGAGGCGCGGAGGUCAAGGGGUUGUAUCGCGUCCAUCAAUUCAGCAAAGUAGAAUUGUUUGUGCUAUCGAAAGCGGAUCGAGGUGAGAGCGAUCGAAUUCUGGAGGAGAUUCGACAGUUCCAGGAGGACAUUUUUGAGGAGCUUGGACUCUGCUACAGGGUCCUGGACAUGCCUACUGAAGAGUUAGGCGCGAGCGCAUACAAAAAGUACGAUAUUGAGGCAUGGAUGCCUGGAAGGAACAGCUGGGGCGAGAUCUCAUCGACAUCGAACUGCACGGAUUACCAGUCUCGACGACUCAACAUCCGCUACAGGACUACUAAGAUCUUGAACCGCCCAGAGGCAUCAUCGUCAUCAAUAUCUGGAGAAGAUGAGACAUUGACAUCUUCCGCAGGCUCCAAUUCCUACAUGACGACUGAGUUUGUGCACACGUUGAAUGGAACGGCCAUGGCAAUCCCCAGAAUCAUUGUCGCGCUGCUAGAGACCUAUCAGCAACAGGAUGGAUCAGUCCGCUUGCCCCAGUGUCUCUGGCCAUUCAUGGCGGGCAUUAAAAAGAUUACCCCCAAGGACGACAGCACAUAUCCAUAG